AUGAUUGAUAUUCUUCAGUGUAGGAACAGUCCGACUUUUCCCUGGAAUCACUCUCGGUUCCUUUUGAACAAUCCGCACUCAUUUUCACCGUUUAUGGCUUGUACUUCCACUCCCUCUUUAUUCUUCUUUUUAACUUCCUGUCUAUCUUCCUUUGCUCGUUCUUCUUUGUGUAUCUCUCUCUCUCUCUCUCUCUCUCUCUCUCUCUCUCUCUCUCUCUCUCUAUAUCUUUCACUUUAUUUUUUCUUUCUCACACACUCUCACUCUCUUAUUUCCCUACACUUCCUCGUUAUCCAUUUCUCUCUCUCUCUUCUCUCUCUCUCUCUCUCUCUCUCUCUCUCUAUCUCUCUAUCUAUCUAUCUAUCUAUCUUUAUCCUUUUCUUUUCUCUUCUUUCCGCUUCCUCUCUUUUUCUUCUGUCUCCCUAUCUUCCUCUAAGAACAAGAAAACCUGAACACCGACCGAUUGUCCGCAUUUGCCUCACCCUUCCCUACACACAUCCACACCUUCUCCUCUGUUUACCUUCUUUCUUUUCCUACACUCCAUCGCGAAGUUUAGUCGACUGUGAAAUUGUCUUUACACUCAAUGAACAUGGAGGCUGGACCCGACUGCGCAUGUGCCGAUUGACCCGCUCUCUGAGACACGACCUCUCUCUCUCUCUCUCUCUCUCUCUCCCGGUGUAUCCCUUAUAUUAUCUUUCUCUUUCCUAUUUCUCUCUUGCUUUUUUUGGGGAUAGUGGUGAAAGCUCCACACAUCGUUCGGUCGACUCGCCUCUUCACUUGCCUCAAACGACGCUCAGUGGAACAGAAAGAAGAGAGACGAGAGAAGAGAGAAAACGGGCAUUUAAACAACCAUUUCAAUCAUAUCACACUGCAUCACUUUCCCUUAGGGAUUUUCCUUUCUUUAUUUCUUCUUCCUUCUAUUGCCCUUUCUGUCUUUUCUUUUCUUCUUUCGUAUACAUCGUUUCUUUCUUUAUUUCUACCCUACCUCACUUAACACCUCCCUAUCUAUCUCAGUUCAUUUCAUGUUAA